AUGUACCAGCCAGCCGGCGGUUACGCCGCCAUCGAGGGCGACGUCGCCGCCCACGCCGCCGCCGUGCGCCGGCUGGUGCCGCCGGGGUUCCCGCGGGCGUGGGUCGGCCCCAUGGCGGAGCAGAUGGCCGCGGUCGGCGCCAGCGGGGUGACCCCCAUGCACCUGUCCACGCGCAUCGCGUGGCCCGAGGCGGCCGCCCUGCUGCUCGGCGACAGCGCCCACAACGUGACGCCGCAGCUGGGCCAGGGCUGCAACAGCGCACUGGAGGACACACGACUGCUUAGCGCCGCCCUCGAGGCCGCGGCGCCAGAGGCGGCGUUCGCGGCCGCCGCGGCAUCAAGCGGGGAUACCGAAGCGGGUGCGGCAGCGGGCACAGACGCCGGCGCGGGUGCAGCACCGGCGGCCGAGGCGGUGGCGGGGGCCGCGGCCCGCCCGGCGGUGGCGGCGGCGCUGGCGCGGUACGAGCGGCGGCGCCUGCCGCAGGCGCACGCGCUGCAGCUUAUAGAGGAAGAGAAUGCAUGGGUGAGGCGCCCGGCCGCCCCUGGCAGGGAGCCCCUCAGGAUGACAUACAUGCGCGUGGCUUGGGCCUGCGCCGCCGCGCUGCUGGCGGCCGCGCACGCCAUGCUCGCCGCGCUGCCCGGCCCGCUCGCGGCGCGCGCGCCGCAGCUGUCGCCGUCGCUGUUUGAAAACGUCAUGGCGACGGCGGCGCCGUACGAUGCGCUCCACUGGGCGGUGCGGGCGGCGCUGCUUGUGGCGGCAGCCCUGCUGUGGGGCGCGGUCGCCGCCGCCUUGGCCGUGGUGCGCACGGCCGUGCGGGCGCUGCUCAUGGUAGCUGCAGGGGGGUGA